AUGGACGAAUAUGAUGAGAACAAGUUCAUGGAUGAGGAAGAUGGCGGCGAUGGUCAGGCCAGGCCCGACGAGGGCAAGGUGGACUCAUGCCUGCGGCAAGGAAACAGGUCAGUUGCUCUGCAGGCUGCUCUGAAACCCCCCUUUCCCCCCUUCCCCACCCCCAUUAACAGGAAGAGCCAGGCAGUGAAGGACCAGGCAGGCAGCAUUAUCUUGAAGGUGCUUAUCCUUUUUAAAGCUAAUGAUAUUGAAAAAACUGUUCAGUCUCCGGACAAGAAUGGUGUGGACCUCCUAAUGAAGUGUAUUUAUAAAGGCUUUGAGAGCCUGUCUGACAAGAGCAGUGCUAUGUUGCAACAGUGGCAUGAGAAGGCACUUGCUGGUGGAGGAGCGGGGUCCAUUGUCGUGUUUUGA